AUGCCUUACGAUCGCGAUGUAGUCGUCAGUUGCAUCAAGAGGCACUAUGAUUUGCUCGUGCGCAUGGCCUACCUCGACCCGGACACGAUCCUCCGCCCGCCGCCUGAAGGUUGGAGUGAUGAGCAGCUCGCUGUUGACACAUUACAAGAGUGGAAACGGUCGGACCGAGUCACUGAUCUCUUGCGUCACUUGCCUUAUCUGAGUAAGAAUAUGUUUGACGAUAAAUAUGAGGUCUACGUCGUAACGGAAGCAUGCAAUUACCUUCGCAAUUAUGGCUGGCUGGAAGAUGCAUACAAAAAGGACGCUAUCAGGUACAUGUCGCCAUGCGGGGAGGGAGAGGAAAUACCUGCUGGUAUGAUACCGUUGAGCCAGGGCAACGAAGCGACAGUGUGGAUGAUAGAUACGGACCAAGGAAUAAUCUGGCCCAUGGGACCGUACAUUGUGGACCGUAGUGCCCCAGAAGACCAGCCUUGGCGGCGAGCCGCAAAGCCUCAAGAGAUUCAGCAAUACUUCGAUGAGCUCUACAACGAGAUCGAAACCUUGGUCACCGUUCCUGUACCAUUGACGCGAGGUAGCUAUGCAUGGUACAACGAGAUGGUGGAUCAUCGAGACAACAAUGCACAGCUACCCAAGCGCUUACUGAAAGAGUAUGGCUGGCCCUCAGCUUUCAGGAAGGCAGAGUAUCUCAAAGCUCUCGAACAAGAACGUCUCGACGCUAAACAGAAAGAAACGGGACGGAAAGAGGAAGCCGUGAGGAAACGUGCACAAAGGCGCUUUAUAGCAGUUGACAAGACGUAUGAUUUGCGUUCCAAGGGUGGAAGCGCCGACAGCACAGAGAAGUGA